AUGUCCUCCGAGGAGCACCCAGACCGCUCCGUCACCUCCGCCAGCGCGGCCGUCGACGGCCUGCAGGACUUGAUCCACGAAGCCGCCCUCAGCGUCAGCGAUGACGAUCGGCUCCUCGACGCCGCCUUCCGCGAGCUGCACCGCUGCACCGCAGGCACCUCCACGUUCGGCACCCUGGCGCUGCUAUCCACGAGCUGCACCAUCUGCACUAUCAGCACCUCCGCGGUCUUCUCGAUGUUCGGCACCUCGACGCUGCCCUCGGCGUGCGGCGCCGUCGGCAGCGCCCCAGUCUUGCCCAACUUCGGCACCACGACGCCGCUCUCGACGUGCUGCGCCGCCUCGUCGUCCUGCUCGUCCACGUCCACCUCCAGGAUGGGCGACAGGAUCCCGAUGAAGAACGAACCCUGCUCGGCACCAGUGCGCUGCCGAGCCUGCUCGGCGGUCCGCCGAGCCUCGCUGCUGCCCCCGUCCUCCGCCUCCCCAGCGAAGAAGCGGGCUCUUCUGCCCGCCGUGGCCCUGCUGGCCAGCGCGUGCCUCUUCGGCGCCCGCCUGGCGUUCCUGCCUGCGGCCGGGGCGGCGCCGCGGCAGCACGAGGCGCUUCUGCGCGCCGGCGCCGCGGCCGCGGCGGCGGCCGCGCCGGCGCUGGUAAUUGCGGAGCCGGACGAGCUCGUCGACUACAACUUCGCGGGCGAGUUCACGCCUUUCAUGAUCAUCGGGUAUUUCACGCUCACCACUGCCCUCACGGGUUUCUCCUUCGUCUCUUACCUGGUGUUGACGAAGCUGAAGAUCAUCUGA